AUGAAAGUUAUUUACAUAGAUUAUAGGAAUAAAACGGUCCAAGAAUUGACCUUGAGGAAUUUUUAAUUACUCUAUUAACUUAGAUAAGCUCGUAUAGGAACGUGUGGUGGUAAAUCAAAGGUGUUGCUGUGUAUCUUCUGAUAAGUAAAUAUUUCUCUAUUUUAGGUUAACAGUCGUCCAGCAGCUUGCCUGGUUUCUUUUCUCCUACAAGGUUUGCACAUCGUUAUUGUUACUUUAUUUGCUGGAAUAUUGAAUGCAGUAAAUAGUCGUUAACAUGCAGUAUUAGUAGAGACUAUUGGAAUUAAUACAUUUCCUCCCUCUUAUGAACAGACUUGGAAAAUAUCAUUACCUCCGUCGAGAGGUUAUGUUCUCAUUAUUGUAUGUGUAUAUACUGUACAUGUAUAUGUAUGUAUGUAUACAUACGUGGUUGUGUGUUUGUACUCAGGACGAUAACUUUUAUCAUUUAUAGACCUGGAGCGAGGGGGAUUCGGCGAAAUAUUACCCGAAGUGAUGAUAUUUCCCGAGGGGCUUUGCCCCGAGGGAAAUAUCAUCACUGAGGGUAAUAUUUCGCCGAAUUCCCCGAGCGGAGGGUCUAUAAAUGAUAUAUUAUACCGAAAAUUAAAAGCCUCCAAGUUGAGAAAUAAAAACUUGACACAUACCUUCGUGAAUACGAUGUUUUAGUUUCGGAUUAACGCAAGUAUCGUCGCUUUUCUUUCGAAUCACAUAUCGUUUGGAAUAUUAAUGACAACAUUUUUCAAAAUUUACUUCAAAAUUUUGAAAAAGCCCCAGGUUUUACAUCAUUUACCCAGAUUAUUCAUCACUCAUCAAUACUAUUUAUAUUUUGUCGGCCAUGUUGUUAUCAUGCGUGUUGUCUCGCGUGGUCUACGCGAAUAAUGUUCCACCCCAUGUUCCCCGGGGAACAUGGGGUGGAACAUUGUCAAAAAGAACGCAGGCUCGCUAAUUGAUGACGUAAGGCGUGAUAUCGUGAUUAAUUUCAUGCUCACGUGGCACAAACUAAGCUUCCUGAUUGGACAAUUUGAAUUUGAGGUAUAAUAUAAGAAAAUAUCAAACGUAUUAAUAUACGACAAUUUGUGGAAAAAAAUUAGAUGAGAAUGUAGCAAACGUUUGUCUUGCUUUGCCGGGCAUAGCGGUAAACUGAAUACGUAAUAAGCACAUUCUGUAAUUAUACGUUAUGCCAUACCAUCUUCUAUAAAAUAUCGUGUAUAUAUUGUGACUUUAGUUAGUCUGAUGAUGAAACUUAUUCUCGUCUUGCAUUGACUGAUAUCUUGAGUUUCAAGAUGCUAAUCUUCGUAUUGUGUUUUGUCUUAUAAUUGUUUAAUUAAAUUCUAUGAUUAAACUUGACCACCCCUCUCCUCCAAGGUGAAACCCUUGUUGACUUCACAUCUGUCCUAUUUGUUCUGUUUGUCUCUUUUUUUGUAUCUAUCUCAUAAAUUCAUUCUAUCUUCUACUUUCUCACCAUGGAACUUAAACAUUUUCUGGGCCAAAAUGCUCCCACAGUCCGAUACGAUUUGCACCCCUGCUUAUCAAAAUCACGGAAAUGCGACUAAAUUCCUACGCCUAUAUUGCUGUUAAAAUGUCAAACGAUUAUAAGCUAAUCUCCUGAGACGGGAUAUAUAGAGGGCAGCAACCGGAAAUGUAGAGUGCUCCUUGUUAGUACUUCAUGUACUUGCAACAGAUAAAAACUUUUUCAAGCAGCCGGCAAACGGUUUUUGCCUUGCUAAAAAUUCUUUUUCUGCAGUGGCCGACAUGCACUUCACGAAAUAUUGAGGGGGGUGGGGGUGGGGAGGGUGAACUUAGGUUUCCACCAUGUAUGGCCACCUUUGUUGCUGGAAAUAUUUUUUUGCUUUAAAUUUCUUGCAUUAUAUAGCUUAAUUUAUAUCCAAUACCUUAAAGGUUCAGAAAAUUAUUGUUACAGCUUAAUUGUUACUGUGCAUACUUAUCCAUCCAUCAUUCAAAGGCUCUCGGAAAUGGGGGGGCGAGAAGUGUCCGCUACCGCUUUUCUGCCAAGAUUUCAAAUAAGCGAGUGUUUCGGUGUAUAUUAUAAAUACGAGAAUACAUUUAAUAUAAUUUCAGGAAAGAAUGUGUUACUGGAACAGCCGAAGAAGUCUGGAAAUAAAGUAAUAUCACAUGUAUUGACUAGCCAUGCUGGUAUGUACCGCUUUAUAUUAGUUAUUUGUACAAAAAUUUAGGCUGUGGCAAAAUAGAAAUUAGAUCUUCUUCACAGUGCCUUUAUGUGUUUAAGAUUGUUUACGUGAUAUUUCGCUAAGGUGAGAUGUUCAUACGCGGAAAUGUCUGGAACAGGAGGAAACUCGAGAGCAAGAUUAGAAGCAUUGUUCCUGUUUUCGUUCAUACCCAGGCGCUCUAUUUAUAUUGCGUAUGCGCGCCCUACUUACUGUAUUUUAUGGGUUUCCACCCUCCUGGGUUGAGCAACGGGCUGCAUUAAGGCCUGACACACUUGCAAUUUUUACUGCGAUUUCUUGUGCGAUUUUUUUCUUAUGAUUAAUAUGAAGGAGAAAUCGUAUACUUUAAUAGAAUUGUCAAGAAAGAGUAUCUUACUUAUAUAUAAAACAACAUCUAAAAUGUUUUAAAAUUUUAUAACGUUUAAUAUUAUGUCAAAACUCAUAUAUUAAUAUUAUGUCAAAACGUAUUUGGUCAGCUAUUGAGUUGAUAUGACGAUUUUUUAGUUGGCUGUUAGCUGAUCUGGAACCAUGAAUUCUUUCAAAUAAAUAAAUAAUUGUUUUUGAUUCGACAGAAUUUUUAAAAUCGUCAACAUAAUCACGACAUGUCGUUUUCGAGUUAAAUUACUUCAACGCCAAUUUAUCUGCCAUGUUGAAGCGUUAUUUUUGGUAUAGUAAGUAAAUUAAGUGAGUAUUGUUUUCAGGUGAUCUAUACAUUCAUUGUCUUGGAAAUAACAGAUGUCCUCUGGAAGAUCCUCCUUCCAUUAGUGAAGGAUGUGGAGGAAGAGUUACAGACUAUAGGAUUAAUGUAAGAUUAUGUUUAAUUGUUGGUUGCAGUUCAUAACUUUUCACUAUGUUUCUUUUUUCUUGGGCAAGCUUUGAUAUCUCAAAAGCUCUGGUAUUGCGAAUAACGCCAUGCGGUUGUAAUAUGUGGCACAUGUUUAUGAGUUGUGGAUUUUAAGACGUUGUGGAUUUUAAGACUUAAACGAGGGGACUUAGCUUACGUGGAUCGCUUAAAGAAACUAGAUCUCCUGCCACUUUCUUAUGAUAGAGAGAUCAAAGAUUUGACUUUUUAUUAUAAAUGUAGAUAUGGUCUAAUUGACCACGAUACAAAUAUUUUUACACCUUUUGUCAGUAGUAGAACAAGACGGGGGUCGUCAAAGUAUUUACAGACCACUUUUUGCAAAACUAGUACUUUUAAAACGUCGUACUUCAAUAGAAUUGUCCAUCUAUGGAACUUAAUCCUCAAGUUAGCUCCAUCUUGUAUAUUUGCAACUCUCAGUAGUUUCAAAACAUUCUUGUACAAGACUUACAAGGAACUUUUGACAACAACAUUCGAUCCAGAUUUACCCUGCACUUAUUCAUUGUGUAGGACGUGUCCUUGUCAUUCCUAAUUUUAUCUAUUUUAAAUGCUUGUAUAUAAUAGUUAUUAUAGUUACGCUAGUAGUUUGUAAAUUUUAGUCAGGCUGACACCUUGCAUGGGACCUAGUCCCGUUCGUGUUCAAGCCUUAUGUGUGGUACUGAAUUAAAGUUGUAUAAUUAUAAAAUUAGAAACCCAAACUGGUAGGUCUAUCCAGUAUAAAUAAAGUUGUUCUGUUUAGGUUUCCUGCUGCAGUAUGCCUGUAAGCGAAGAUUCUUAGUCUUACUGGACUUCCAUGCAGGGAGAACAGUUUAUAACUGAUUCCGCUUUCCAGUAUAAAUGGAGUUAUUUAGAUUAGGUUACCUCAUGUAAUAACAUUGGUCCAACAAGGGAUUAGUUUUGGAUCUCUCUAUAUAAGAAGAACAGUUUCCUCCCAGAGGCAGUGUUUGUUUAGUUUAUAGGGUUAGGUUUAGGAUUAUUAUUUGGAUUGCACGUAUAUGUGAUUGAUUACUGUAUCCUUUUUCCUAGGUUCUUGCAAGCUUUGUUUGUCCACUUGGUGUGAAAAUCAGUGAUGAAGUUGGUAUUGAUGAUAUAUCACUAGAUAUCUCUGAUGAGGAUAUUACCAAUGCCUUGCCAUCUCUACCGGAUAUAUUUAUGAAUUCAUGUUUAAUUCCUACCUUGGCAUCUUAUUUACGAAAUGACUCGGGUAUGAGGAAAUGCUACUUUGUUUCUUUAUAUUUGUUUGAAUAUAUUUAAAGCACUAACCCAACUGUAAUGUCAACAAUGACACACGAAUAUGAGCCGCAUUCUACGAACCGAGCCAUAGAUAUCUUAUAUAGACUAGAUAGCGCAUCGCUUUUAGUAAAAUUGAAGCUAAGAAUAUCCCAGCGGUUACCCCCAUUUGAAUAGAUGGCGGCCAUGUUGGUGUUUCCCACUCGCUAAUAAACGCUUAAAAAACAAAACAAUAUGUGACUGUUCACUUGGACCGACGUCGAACAAACUUGACCGGUCAUAUUAAAUAUUUUAAAAUUUGGCCGGUCAUUGACUGUUGACCGGCCAUUAUUUUGACCAGCCCUGACAAUGGAUGAUUCCAGGUAUAGACAAAAUUUUGAUCUGGACAAGAAGAACGAAAUCCAUUACCACAACUGGAAAGAGCAUCUUGAAAUGAGUAAAAUUGCAAAGUUUGGUUGCGAAUUGUUGUAAAAUGAGGAAAAUAUAGCCCUGUGAAGUUCGCAAAUUUUGUAUGUAUUUACAUUACGCGCGGGAAAAAUAACCAUUUUAUACGUAAUAUAUACAAAAUUUGCCAACUUCGCAGGGCUAUAUUUUCUUCAUUUUACAACAAUUCGCAAACAAACUUUGCAAUUUUACUCAUUUUAAGACGCUCUUUCGAGCUAUGGUGUUGAGUUCACCGGUGGAUAAAAGUAAAUUCCACCGCUCACAGUCGAAUUUCGUGACUUUCACGUGAUACGCUCUCGUCCAAUGAGAUGCAAGAAUACAUGACCUUUGAUACUUGGUAUAUAAUUUUUUUCUAUCCCAACAGUACUAGACAUGGCCCGACAUGUUCCAGUGUAUCGUGCAGUUCUUGGCUUUGUAAGAUGUAUUGCAGUCAGUCGGAACUUAGUCCCACUUUUACAUCCGGGACAACAUAACACGAAGAAUACAUCCAAGGAUGAUACGUCAUCACUCUGUAGUCUGUUGACCAAGAUGAAACUAUGCGUGGACACAUAUGGGUCAAGGUUGAGGUGAGGGCCACAUUGUAAUAUUUAUAAACGUAAAACCAUUAUUGACUGGUGAAAAAAGCAGGGUGUCUACGGGCCUUGAAAAUCCUGGAAAGUCCUUGAAUUGGAAAAAAAAAUUCCAGGCCCUUGAAAAUCCGUAGAAGUCCUUAAAAGUCCUGGAAUAGCUGUUAUCGUAAUUGAAUCCGCCGCUGCGGCGAACCAGCGGUAUCUCAGUGGAAUUACGCACGAAAACGAGGCUAAAGGGUAAAAAACACAAAACAUGACCCUAUAGCCUCGUCUAGAUGUUAAAAUAAUGCAGAUACCGCUGGUCCGUAACAUAGACGUAUUCAAUUACGAUAACAGCUAUUAAUUUCCUUCACCUCCAGCUGUGUCAACAUUAGUGAAUUUGAUUAAAAUUACUGAAUAAAGUGAAUUAUUUACGGCAUAUCCGUGCCAUUUACAAAGAUUUUUCCCAGUUCUAGGUCCUUGAAUUUACUGAAAAAGGGCCUUGAAAGUUCUGGAAAAGUCCUUGAAUUUCACCAAAGGGUGGACACCCUGAAAAAGUGAAGUCGUUACUAAAGCCCGUUUUCCACUCGGCGAAGCGAAGCAAGACUAAAUUUUGCUUCCUGGAAUGGAAAUUGUGUUUAUGCAACAUCGGGAAAUAUUUGGGGAAACUUUAAGAAAUUCAGAUGUCUCUCAGUGAGUUCCAUAUAUAUCUGGAACGAGAGCUCUUUUGUCUGUCUAUAUGAUGUUAACAUUGAGAAGUAUCCAAUUUUGUCAUGCUAAUAAUAAACAAGUAAUCAUGCGAUGUUGCUCGUACAAUUAGGGAUUAAUAGUACGAGUGAUGUUUGGAAGUUUUGCCAAAAUUGGACGAGCCGCCGAUAUAUUCUCUCGCCAAAGCCCAGUACUGCCAGAUUUUCAACCAGAAUUUGGUGCUUUUGUCCGUAUUUUCAUUUAGUUCUUUUGUUAAAGCAAAAUUUGGUGCUGCUGUUCGUAUUUUCAUCUAGUUCCCCAAGGGCAAUUUCAUUUCACGCUUGUGUUUAAAAUAUCUUUCCGCCAUUUUGUUUGUUGUUGGAAAAUCAUUGUACUGCAGUACAAUUAAUGAAAUAAUUGUACUCCUCUCAACCAAUCAGCAUUCGGUAAUUUUGUCAUGCUAAUAAUAAAAAGAAUAAUACUUAAAAAUUUAUUUAACCACGCUGGCCAUACACAACAUAUUUGUAAAAUGCAAUGAGUUGAUUUUCAGAUGGGGCGUGUUAUACGUACAAACUAUCUUAAUUCACAUCCUAGUCUCUGGGUCUCUGGUAUAGUGGAUAUACUGCGUUUAAAUUGGUAAAGCGAGGAUGCCUUUUUCGCCUCAGAAGGAAAACUAUUCCACAGCAUUGCAGGAAGUGCUAGAUCAGUCUCAUUACUUCGAACAUUAUCUUCUCUAUUAAGAUCUUUAAUUUUUAUAAAUUUUUCUCUAAGACUUGGGGCGGACUGCUCAUUAAGAAUUUUGUACAUACAAUACCAUGGUUUUACGAAGUGAUAAUUUGAUUAGCGAUACGGUCCGUUGGAAAAAAACUGGAAUAAGCUGGGAAAAUGGUAUUAAAACUGGAACGCCAUCUUUGCUUCACUUUUCUCAUAGGCCGAAUGACUGAAGUUCUUGCUCCAGAUAUAUAUAGAGCUCAGUGGUUGUUCUACAUCAAUGUUUCCACGUCUUGACAGACUUUUCUUUUCUCUAUCAGAUCUUCAGAGAAAGUGGAGGACAGCAAAAAGAAAAUCAAAGUGGAAACAACACCUUCAAGUGCGGCUACCAAGACUGAGGAUCUUGAAAACGAGAGUCUAUCCCUACUUAUCCCUGAUGUACAAACUACAUCCAUGCUUGUCCAUAAAGCUGUUGAUAGAUACCGUUGGGAACAUUUGAAGAUUGACGGCUCAAGUACUGAUGGUGACGCACACGGCCAAGGGGCUGAUGAAGAGCUAUUGAGUACCGAGGAGAAAUACUCGUUCGUAAUGAUGCCGUUACAAUUUGGUAAGUUUUAAACUUAGCUUGUUUCUUUUUAUUUAGCAAUAAACGUUUUACUUGGUAGUGGUAAAUUUACGUAAGUUGAACAAGUAAGUUCAAACUUUUCAGAGUUAGGGACGAUGUGGCCUCCAUCGAAGGCAUCGCCUUUAGAUUGGCAGGCAGAAUUUGGUUGCGGGCAAAAAAUUGAACGACUUUGUAAAUCCAAGCAACCCAGGUGACCUACGAGAUGCGUGCGGAGGAGGCUAGGCACGAUGCUGCAUGGUGUCACAAAUUGUGUUUGACAGUGGUUUACGUGUACAUAGCAGGGUUCGUACAAAACUUGAAAGUCCUUGAAUGUCCUUGAAUUUGACAACAAAAAUUCAAGGCCUUGAAUGUCCUUAAAUUUGUAAAGAAGUACUUGAAAGUCCUUGGUUUAGUUUAUGGAUAUUUUCUGAAAUUGUUUGACAUUCAAAACGGACAUUUUGUUGAAUUGAUUUUGCAUGUUUAUACCUGACAAAACUGUUUGAAACUCAUUAAAGUUGCGUUUUGAAGAAUUCAACGUCACAUCUCACUGAUUUCUAACCCCUUCUAUUCAGUAUUUAAUCCUUGAAUUCGCUGAUACAUGGCCUUGAAUGACAUGUCCUUAAAAGGUCCUUUAAUUUGACUCUUCCUGACAUGUACGAACCCUGUAUUAACGAAUCUAUCUUUUAUUCCAGAUACAUUUUCGGUAGUAACAGAAGGCGCAGAUGGAAAGAUCAACUUUACAAUUCCUUAUCACUUCUCAAGCUCAGUAAAGUCAGCAACAUCCUCCGGACAGAGGACAAAUGCAGGCAGGGCGAGACGUCUAGCUCAGGAAAUUGCCUCACUGUCUACCUCACUACCGUUGUCUUAUAGUUCCAGCGUGUUUGUAAGAUGUGAUGAAGAACGACUGGACAUUAUGAAGGUAGCUUGAUUCAUUGAUUAUAGUCUAUCACAAUGAUGGUUUUGAAACUGAACAGAAGUCAUUGUGUUAUGCUUUUGCCUGAGUUUAUGUUAGUUUGUACACGGUCACGGUGAUUGAGCUCAUUGGAUUUUCUUAAAAAGAAACAGCCACCCAACAUAGGGAUAGCUGAGAUGAAACGUGCAAUCACGAUUAAUAAUAUUUAAUGAAUUUGAGACAAAGGAUUUGUGCACUGUAUAAGGUACAGUUCAACAUCAAAGGAAGGUCUUCUAUUUUGUGGCUUUGAACGUGCAAUCACGAUUAAUAAUAUUUAAUGAAUUUGAGACAAAGGAUUUGUCCAUAGUAAGGUACAGAUUAACAUCAAAGAAAGGUCUUCUAUUUUGUGGCUUUGAAGUUUGCCUGGCUUCCAGAUCAUUAUAUUUUAUCUUGACAGGUAUUGGUAAAACAUAAGACUAAUUCAGUACUGUUUUGUUCAUAUGUGCUUUCGGAAAAUUUCAGUAAAAUUGAUUGAUCUAUUUCCUCCUUUGGUUUAGGUGUUAAUGACUGGUCCCGCUGACACACCAUACGCCAAUGGUUGUUUUGAAUUUGACGUGUACUUCCCUCUUGAUUAUCCCUCUAAUCCGAUGCACAUCAGUUUUGAAACAACUGGAAACCAUCGUAUUAGAUUUAAUCCUAAUCUUUACAAUGAUGGCAAGGUAAGAGUUGCAUGGAGUACUUUACCUUUAGGACUUAGAUGAAAGCUCAUUUCUUUUACGAACAGAAGAGGCGACAUUCCAUCGGGUACGGUUUCCCGACCGACCGUCUUUUAUUUCUAACAACCGUAGACGGAUUUUCUGGGGGUGCGCCCCCCCCCCCCCCCCCCCCCCCCAAAUAAGUUGCAUAAAACAAAGAUUUUGAACUAAAUAAGACCAAAAAUCUUAACAUUAUUCCUGGGGGCUUCGCCCCAUUACCUCUAACCAUAUUGCAUCUUGCGCAGUGGCGCAACGCACCCCCUCGCUCACCUUCCCACGUGAACUUUCAACACCCCCACAGGACAAAUUCUGAAAAUCCGUCCAUGUUGCCAAACCUGAUGUCUUCCGGAUGUGGCUGGGUUGUAUGCUUACCUACUGAUCCUAUUUUCCUUGCUCUCUUAUGAUACGUGACGCCACAAGUGGCAUUUGUUACCCACAGUUGGUGCUUUUUAAAAUGUUUAUGUGUUGUGGCAAUGCCAACUGAUCACAGUCGUGGCCAUUAUUGAACAAUGUCAAGCAAACAGUUUCAAAAUAGAUUAUUUUCCGACCUACCUACGCCGUUGUUCUUUUUUUCAAGAUAUGAAACCGGAACCACGGAUAUUUUUUAAUUCUAUAUAAGCCUAUGUUUUUUUUGCAUGACUAUGUUCUAUGUGAUGUUGUGUAAUAUACUAUUUUUACUUUCCAGGUUUGUCUGAGUAUUUUAAACACUUGGCAUGGACGACCUGAAGAAAAGUGGAAUUCGCAGACAUCCAGCUUUCUGCAGGUAGAAUAUAAGAGAUAGACACAGGGCGCGAUAAUUUGUACAAACGAAUACUCAGGGUGUUCAUAAAUAAAGUACAGGUUUCUGAUGCUGAAAGGUAGUCAUUCAGUAACCGGAAACUACAAGUUAGAAUAAAGAGCACAGCGGGUGAUUCCAGGUACAGACUAAAUUUUGAUCAACGCAAGAAGAACGAAAUCCAACACCACAACUAGAAAGAGCGUCUUAGAAUGAGUAAAACUGCAAAGUUUGGUUGCUAAAUAUUGUAAAAUGAAGAAAAUAUAGCCCUGUGAAGUUUGCAAAUUUUGUAUAUAUUUUGUAUUACGCGCGGUAAAAAUAACCACUUUCGGCUCAAAAAUGGUUAUUUUCACGUGCGUAAUACAAAUGUAUAUAAAAUUUGCGAAGUCCACAGGGCUAUAUUUUCCUCAUUUUACAACAAUUUGCAACCAAACUUUGCAAUUUUACUGAUUUUAAGAUGCUCUUUCCAGCUAAUAAAUUUCGUUCUUGUGUAGAUCAAAAUCUGAUCAAAAGUUGGAAUCAUCCAUUGCAUAUACAAAGACUACAAUCGACUCCAAAAUUUCUUAGUCCUAUCUCGUCAUACCAGUCCAACGUGUUUCAUGCCAAGACAUGUCAGACCAUGGCCUUUCGAAGGGGAGAUGACUGUGAAACUCAUUAGAAUAACAAUAUGUAUAGGUUAUUUUGAGGCAACGAGGGGAUAUGUGAUUUAUUCACCGAGGCGCGCAGCGCCGAGGUGAAUAAACACAUAUCCCCGAGGUGCCUCAAAAUAACGUACUUAUUUUUCACACUGCGAGGUCGCGUUAAUGAGACAGAAUAGAAAUAUUUCUUAAUGACAUAUUGCCUUCGUUAUGUUGUUUUUUCUCAUUUUUUUGUGCUGCACAAGCAUUGCAGGUGAAUAUUAGAGGGGAUUAUUAAUUGCAGGUGAAUAUUAGAGGGGAUUAUUAAACGGAAAUUGAUUAGAGUGGAAUAUUGAAUAUAUUCCCCGAUAAGAAUAAAGGAAACCGAGCAGGGUGAAAAAUAAAACUCAUUAUCUAUGUUAGUCAACGUAUAUUCAUAAAUCUGGUCCUUUCACCGUCACGUGUGUAUUGUAUUUUUGCCAAAUCCACCAACAGCAAUUUCCAGUUUCCCUAUUGUUCGAGUCACGGAUAGGUAACUUUCCUAAAACAUUGCUAUUGGUUAGUUGGGUAAAAAUACAAUACACACGUGACGGUGAAGGACCAGAUUUAUGAAUAAACGUUGACCAACAUAGAUGAUUUAUAUUGUUAUUCUAAUGAGUUUCACAGCCAUCUCCCCUUCUAUAGGCUAUGAUCAGACUUACAUAGUAACCAGCCUCGUCUCCAGGCGCUUUGAUUUGCUGCGCCGUUCCACUGCUUGCGUCGGAAUCCGCGCGUCUGAUUUGGAGCCUGGGGACGAGGCUGCAUAGUAACAUAUAUUAACAUGAAUUACGGUUUUGAAUAGCUUGUGCUUGGAAAGGUCUUAUGGUACCAGCAAAAUUAAGUACGCAGAUAGCAAGAGUUCCGUACCCACGUGAUACGUGGCUGGAAAAAAAAAGGAAAAGAAGUACCAGGCCGUAAUAUUGGCGUACCUCUUGUCCGUAAUUAAUUAAAAUAAAUUAGAGAACCCUUUUUGCAGAUCUCUGAUGAUCUUUUCUGUUUAUGUCUUCUCAUUAAUCAUUACUCUAUAUCAGUUGAAUAUCCUAACGAUCAGAAAUGACUUGGAGAAAGUAAUUAUGAUAAUGAAUUUUGUUUCUAGGUUCUUGUGUCCAUUCAAUCACUUAUCUUGGUACCAGAACCUUAUUUUAACGAACCUGGCUACGAGAGGUCACGCGGGACACAUUCAGGUACCGUGAACUCGCGAGAAUAUGACGCAAACAUUCGGCAAGCGACCGUGAAAUGGGCAAUGUUGGAACCACUAAAGAAUCCUUGUCCUUGUUUUAAACAGGUGAGAGAAAUGGUUGCGUUCAUUUUGUUUAGGUAUGUAAGUAGACUGAGUAAGUGGGUGUGUGCUAACAGGGUUUUUUUCAGGGAUUUUUUAGGGCCGUUAAACGGCCCCAAAAACUCAAUCUUGAAUUGAGUUUUGAAACUCAAUCUUCUCACCAAAGUUUCAGUGCAGUAAAAAUGAAGUUGUUUGAGUUAAAUUUCGUGGCGUGUGGAAGUUGGUUUUCAGUUGGAAGCCCGACAAUUAAGAAAAAAUGGCUGGAAUUCAUCUCACAACACAAGAAAAACUAUGCAUUGGCCAUCUUUAACCAGUUUAUAGUGUCCCUUAGUGCCCCUGCUUUAACACAUUCCGUCUCAACUACAUUUAUUGAGUACAGGUGUCAGCCCCCGGUAGGGGGGAGGGGGUGCAGCCACCCCAGCUGUUCAGCUAAACUCAAUCUUCUCUGCAAAAACGGACCCAAGAGAAAAUCCGGAAAAAACCCCUGACUAAUCAUGCUUACUUGCAGCUGAGAGAUAUGCUGAAUGGGUGAUUCCAGUUAUAGACUAAAUUUGGAUCAAGGCAAGAAGAACGAAAUCCAACACCACAGCUAGAAAGAGCGUCUUAGAAUGAGUGCAACUGCAAAGAUUGGUUGCUAAAUGUUGUAAAUGAAGAAAAUAUAGCCCUGUGAAGUUCGCAAAUUUUGUAUAUAUUUGUAUUACGCGCGGUAAAAAUAACCACUUUCUGCUCAAAAAUGCUAUUCACAGAGCUACUCUUCCUCAUUUUACAACAAUUCGCAACCAAACAAUUUUACUCAUUUCAAGAUGCUCUUUCCAGCUAUGGUAAUGGAUUUAGUUCUUCUUGUCCAGAUCAAAAUUUUCUUCUGUAGCUGCAAUCAUCCAUUGCGAAGGACGCAGCUCUACCUUAUCGAGUCGAAAGUUUUCUAAACAGAUUUACAGAUUUAUUGAGAAAAACAAGCUUACAAUUGACAUAUUACAUUAAAUUUACAUAUAUAGUUCUAUAUAAUAAAGACAAAAGAAGAAACGUGAGUGAAUUUUUUAUAGAAAGUGAGUCUUGUGCAGUGUCCAAACUCCAAAGUAGCUAGCUAGAAGUUUUCGAGUUGGAUACUGCCUACGAUUUAUAAUGAUUCAAAAAAGUUAUGCAAAUGUUACAGACCGUGUGUCAUCCUGGCCUUAGAAAAAGAGAUGAUGUAAAACUAUUGUGAAAUUAAUAAGAUUUGACUAUAUUUAAGUAUCGAGUAUGACUCUUUAAGACUAGUUUCUAUAUUUUCCCAAAUUUUUGAUGAAGUGAAUGCGAACAGAAUACUUGAAAAACAGAAUACUUGAAAAAUAGCAUCCGGUAUAGUGGAGCAAAACUCUGGAAUAGCUUACCUUGCGAGUUAAGAAGCGCAAAUUCAUUAAAUCUAUUCAAUUCGUUGAUUUCUGAUACUAGCCUGCAGUCUUAAAUUUAUUAUUAUAUCUUUAUUUAACCAUGAUUUAACUAAUUGUAAAAUUUAAUAUGUAAGUGUAUAACUAUUGUAUAUAUUUUAUCAUCACGCCCCUCUUGGAAAUCAGCAAAUGCUGAAGGGGUUAUAGCGUGUUUAAAUAAAGUUUUAUCUACAUCUACAACGUUUGGAUUCCAUAAUUAGUUCUUACCUUUGGUCUAAUAAUAUUGUAGUUGAUGUUUGUGCCCAUCGAACCCAUGAUCUCAGAGGUGACAAGCAAGAAACAUGACACAUAUUUUUCUUUUAAGGUAAUCGAACGUCAUUUCUUCUUGAAGAAGGACGAAGUGUUAGGACAAUGCGAUGAGUGGAUCGGAGAGCUCGAGACAUGGUCGAAAGAAAAACGAACUAUGCGAUCCAUAUCACACCAUCUCGAUUCAUUACGACGACAUACGACGCAACUCCGCGACGAAAUUGCGAAACUUUCCGAAGAUUGUCUAGAAACACCUGACGAUGACACGGAAUGAUGAUUUUAUCCCUAACCAAUCUUGACCAUCACAUGUGAUCCUAUAGGAUUCCGACAGGUGAUAUUCAGGCACAGCUUUACUAAUGCCAAAAUGGCUAGACAUACCUACACAUUUGUUGUGAAUUAGCAAAAAAAAUAUGAAGUUGCCGGGAUGUGUACAAAAUUCAUAAUGCUUAUUUGCAAUAAUUAUUCGAAUUUUCUCCCUGCAAUCAUCAAAGACAGAUUUGCAUACAGCACUGCUUUAAGACAAGAUAGAUUUAUCUUCUUUUGUGUUGGAUUCAUAUUUAAGAUUUAUAAGUUUUGUCUUCACCUUAUAUGUUUGCGUCGCUGGUGAAAAUCAGGCUAAUUUGUUCAAAGAAUAAUUCAGAAUAAUAUCAUGUCAGUCCGACUGAUAAAUUUUUAUGACCUGCAUUAUGAGUUUGCACUCGAAUGACUAACUCUAUUCAACUGAACAGUUUCUUGAUAAUAAAUCAGUAAUGUAUUUCAAAUAUUCGCAAGAAAUUCUGUACAUGUAAUUUUCAGGAAUAAAAACUUUACUAACAAAACUUUAAGAAUUUUAUUGUUGCUGUUGUUAGCCCGUUAAAGUAUAUCCUUGGUAUAUAUCCGCGUCCAGCAAGUUGAGACCUUGAGAAAGCUUGGCAGUCAAGCUGUACACAGAACUGACUAAUUGAAUCUUCGUUUGCUGUUCGGUUAAAUAGAGAAACUGACUCUUAAUUAUAUAAAAGUACCUUGAAUUUUUAAGUUUAAUUAAAAAGCAAAAUGCACACUCUGCGGACAUGUUCAUGAGAAUAUAAUUUUUUUGUGUAACGAAAUCUAUAACACUUGUCAAUCAUAUUGCAUGCUGUGUCUAAAAAUAACAUGUGAGCGUCCCACGGUCUAGACAGGUUUUGUGUCAGGCCCUAUUUAAAAUUAGGGCCUGAACUUCAGGUUAAGUUAGCAUGUUCUCAUGGGUUGAUAUAUAAUUAACGAAGAUUUCCGAAUUAUACGCCACGCCUCCAAAAAACUUCUUAUGCUAGGAGCGGUCAUCUCAUUGGACGAUUCUAAAUGUAAUUGACGUUUGAGCAAGAAUACUGGCAAAGGAUUGGAUAACUUUGAUCUCUG